AUGAUAGAUGGGUAUAAUAUGGUCACUUAUUGGUAUUCCAAAACUAUGACAAGGACAAUGUUCUUAUUUCUUUUGUACUGUGCGCUACUCACAACGUUCGUCUUUUCUGGUAAGGAUGCUGCUGCAAACUCAUGCACUACUGCUUGUAAUAGUAAGGCCACAAAGGAUUGUGGGUGCUCAAAGACCUCUCGUACCAAUAGCCAUACUAAGGAAACUUCCAAAGACCAUGAAAAAUUUAAAUGGACUCAGCCACAUCCCACAGAACAAGAUCAUGGUCUCCAAUAUGGAUUGAUGGUACUUUUACAAGGUGGUGAAUUUGUGAUGGGUACCAAUAAUCCCAAAAUAGUAUCUGAUGGUGAAGGACCUGCAAGAAGAGUUAAGCUCAAUGCUUUUUACAUGGAUCAAUAUGAAGUCUGUAAUCAUGAUUUUGAGAUGUUUGUUAAUAAGACAGGUUAUAUCACUGAGGUGAGUAUCCAGGCCAUAGCGAAGAGGCUAAAGCAAGGGGAGUGUAGUAUCGCAAUACAAUGUCCCGAUAAAAACAAUUUGACGAUAAAUCUGUUGUUUUGCCGACAAGACGUUUUCAGGGAGUGUCACCACACCCCCCCUCCUCUACAGCGAUGGCCCUAGGGAGUAUUACUUCUUUAACCUAUUAAGUUUUAUAUUAAAUGUUGCAUCAUAAUGUGCUCUUCUUUCGUUGUCUUGAUGGUGCUCAAUGGAUUAAUGAGCAUGGAUUAUUUUCAGAAUAAUGCCUUUUGGAUCCCCUCCUCCCCAUACACUGAGGCCUUUUUGUAGUCACAUAAAAAAGUUGGGUUGUUCCAGAUCUGAAUCUCAAGAGUGGGGGUAUUCUACUUCGGAUACUAGAAAUUCCACUAUUUUUUAUGUCAGGCUGAAGUGGUUCUUAUAUAAUAGAUACUUAGUGAAAAAUCAAGCUGAGUUGGUUCAUAAUUGGUUCUCAUUGUGGAAGGUGUGGAUGUUUUCCAUUGUGGCCACACAACUACAUUUUUGAAAGCUACUGUUUUGUCCUUUAAUUAAUAAGAUCUGAUAUCUACUAUUAUAUAUUAUGGGUAUUUCACACUAAUAUUUCUGAGACUGGGUGAAGCUGAAGGUUUUGUUGCAUGGCAGUGGUGACACGUAACACUUUUAACUAUAAAGUAGGGUGAGAACUAUUAAGGGCCCUGGGCAGCUGACAGUUACUGCAUGCCAGUUAAUAGGGUGACAAGAAUAUCCAGUUGCCUUCAUCCACAAAACGUAACAGUCACAUAUCAGUUCAAGACACUCAGCUGGAAACUGCAGCAGAAGUGGAAAUAAUAUUCAACGAUUCUUUAAUUAGAAGAACUAUAGUCUGGUAUUAAGGGGCUUUGGUGGUGCAGUCGUCAGAGUAAGCACCUAGCUUUCACCUCGGAGCUAGAUUGUGGGUUUGAUUCUUGCUAGGAACUCAAUGUGAAAAUUAAGAGUCAAUGCUCCGCCAAAAGUUGUGGGUUUUCUCAGGGUGCUCUGGGUUCCUCCCACAAGAAAAGUUGACAGGGUAGGUUAGGAUACAAAGUUAGGAAUUCAAAGCAAUAUCACAAUUGUUGUAAAGAUACAUAGUCUAGGCUAAGUAGGUUAGUAUACAUGUAAAUAAGUGAACAAUUUAUGUAUGUAUCUGAAAAGAAAUUGUGGAACGAAAAUAAGUUACGGAUGUAAUUCAAUCAAUAUGCUUCAUACAUGUAGUUGCAUUAAACUUUGUUCAUCUGUCUCUCAUGUGUGGAUAUGUGUGCAGCCAUUCCGUUACAAUGGCAGAACGUUAUUUUUCUAUUAAACUGAAGCUUAUCCCAGGUUGACAAUCUUGCCAAGAUCCCAGCAAGAUCUUGACAAGAUCUUACCCAAGAUCUUACCAAGAUCAUGCCAAGAUCUUACAUAAACCCUGCAAGAUCAUGGAAAGAUCUUGCAUGAUCUUGCAAGAUCUUUCCAAGUUCUUGCAGGAUCUUACCUAAGAUCUUGCAGGAUCUUGCAAGAUCUUGCCAAACAUCUUGCAAGAUCUUGCCAUGAUCAUGACAAGAUCUUGCCAUGAUAAUGGCAAGAUCUUGCAAGAUCCUGCAAGAUCUUAGGUAAGAUCCUGCAAGAACUUGGAAAGAUCUUGCAAGAUCAUGCAAGAUCUUUCCAUGAUCUUGCAGGAUUCAUGUAAGAUCUUGCCAUGAUCUUGGUACAAAUCCUGCAAGAUCUUGCCAUGAGAAUGGCAAGAUCUUGCAAGAUCUUGCCAUGAUAAUGGCAAGAUCUUGCAAGAUCUUAGGUAAGAUCCUGCAAGAACAUGGAAAGAUCUUGCAAGAUCCUGCAAGAUCUUAGGUAAGAUCCUGCAAGAACUUGGAAAGAUCUUGCAAGAUCAUGCAAGAUCUUUCCACGAUCUUGCAGGAUUUAU